UAUAAGACUUAGAAAUAUGCCAUCCGUAUUGGGUGGUUUUCUAGCUUCUACUCUACUACGUUAAAUCGGAUACCACCGCUUCAUCCCUUGGUCAACUAAUCAUCCCUUUCUAAAAAGCCCGAUCAAAAUAUCAAACCCCGGAAUUCAGCAGAAACCUUCUUUACGGUUUCAAAUUAAAUUUAGGGAUUGAAAAUUUUUUAAAAAAUGUGGACUGAUAUUCUUCUUCAGGCAGUUCUGAUUUUGGUGACAGUGUUUAUGUUCUUAGCUAUGCACGACAUCCCCCAGAAGUUCUUAAACAAGCUGCGCUUCCGUAAUCGCGCCGAUAUUCAAGCGAAACGCCAUUUUGUUGUGGGCGCCCAGCUCUUAGCCCAAGCCAAAUCUUCCAAGACUUCCCGAUCUUCCGCUGUCUCAUUAGCCAAACAAGCCAUAGCCGAAGCGGACAAGGCUAUAUCUCUAGAUCCUAAGGACGCCGCAUCCUACAUCUUGAAAGCUUUGGCGCUGGAUCUCCAGGGUUUCAAGACCUCGGCUCUCGACUCGCUCGACGUGGCUCUCUCAAAUCCUGCCGUCAAAAGUUUGACUGAUAGAGAGAAGGGUGAUGCGCUCUUCAAGAGAGCGGAGGUGAAGGUUGCGAUGAGCCGGCGUGGUCGAGUCGACUCUGCGAUUGAGGAUCUGAAGGAAGCGGUGAGGCUGGGCUGUGACGGCGUCAAACUGUUUUGUUUGUUGGGAGAGUGCUACGAGGUAAAGAAGAUGAGGGACGAGGCUAAGAUGGCUUAUGAAGCGGCUUUGAAGGUGGAGCCGAGUUCGACGGUGGCUGAAGCCGCGUUGGCCCGCUUAGGGUCAUAGUGAAAGAUGGAGUCUUCUCACUGUUGCAAGAUAGAAGAUAUAUUCUCACUCUUGGAUGGACGACACCAGGAGAUGUGUUUGUUUAUUAGUGUUGCAACUAGUUGCUAGUGGUAAUUGCUUGGAUAAGUUCCAAUGCAAUGAUAAUUUUCGGGGAGAUAUCCUGUAAGCAAGAAAAUAUUGUGUUGUAUAACACGUCUCUAGAUCUCCAUUUGGCAUACGACAACUUUAAAUGGUAGUAAAGAAGGCCAAGAACUGAUUGUAAAGUCCCCCAACCCUAUUUGUAAAGUCUUAAAAGACUUCACUCAUUUUCCAAUCUUAUAUACAAGAGUGGUUUAACCUUAACUUGCCUGAUUGUAAUUGUCGAUAAGUGUAUGGCUACAAUUUAUCACACUCUAUUGGGUCUGUUUCUGGCUUUUAUCGUUAUCGUUGUGUCAUUGGACGAAGACAACAGAGGCCACUUUUGGGUUAAUGAAAUUUUAAUCCUGAAUUGUCUUCUUUA